AACAGCAGCAGCCGAUGCAGCUGCAGCAGCAGCUGCAGGUGCACAAGCAGCAGCAGCCGCAGCUGUCGGAAGCUCAGCCGCACGUGCCGGCCAGCCUGGCCGCCAAACAGUUCCUCGAGCACAGCGUCGAGGCCUGGAUAAACCCCCGAAUAUACGCGAAGGUGGACGCAGAGGCGGUGCGUUCUCUGGGCGACUACCGGCGCGCCCCUGGCGGCGGCAGGCCGCACCACCACGGACAACAGCCGGCCACCGCCGCCUCCACCAACGGCGCCAGGCACGCCACCGCCAACGGCAACAACAACACGGCCAACAACAACAACAAUAACAACAACCGGCGCCAGCACCACGACAACGUGCAGAUGGUGGCUGCCGGCGAGGAGCAGUCGUCGCGCGGGCAGAGGAGGCGGCCGUCGCUGGAGGCGUCGGGUGGUGCCAGCGUGUACACGUGCAACUCGUCGCAGGCGUCUGCCGCGGCGGCGUUCUUCGCCAGGGCGGCGCAGCGGCUGUCGCAUUCGCGCUACUCGCACCACCACGGCCACCACCACCAGCAACAGCAGCACCAGCUGCAGCAGCAGCUACAGCAGUUCCAUCAGCAGCAGCUGCAGCAGCAGCAGCAGCAACAGCAACAACAACAGCAACAGCAGCAGACGGCGGCCACCAGCUUCUACGAGGCGCUCCGACGGUCCCCACCACCACUUCCAGCCGCGCUACUGCGCAGGCUCGGGGCCAAAGAGGCCCCAGCUGUCGGGAAGGUGAAGGUGCUGCUGAGGGUGCGCGGCGCGACAGUGGACGCGGCGGAGCCUGGGGGCGGCGUGGGAGGAGGCGGCGAGGCGGCCAGCGGGCAGGAGGGGUCCGCGUCUGCGUCCAUCCUGGCGGUGGACCGGCGCAAGAAGCAGGUGGCGCUGCACAACCCGGGCGCGACCGCGCUCGCCGGGGGCGUCACGCCAGGGGGGCAGCAGCCGCCGGACGACCGACGGCCCGGCGUCUCGGCGCCCAAGAUGUUCGCCUUCGACGGCAUCUACUGCGACGAUGACAGCCAGAGCGAGGUGUGCUCCUGCGCCCUGACGGACGUGCUGCACGCUGUCAUCAGCGGCUCGGAUGGCUGCGUCUUCUGCUUCGGGCAUUCCGGACUCGGCAAGUCGCGCACGAUGGUGGGCAGCCCGGAGGACGCGCCCUCGCUGGGCGUCAUCCCCUGCGCCAUCUCGUGGCUGUUCCGCGCCAUCGCCGAGCAGAAGCAGCGAAGCGGCGCCCGGUUCUCCGUACGGGUGUCGGCCCUGCAGCUGCACGACGACCGCGUCGCCGACCUGCUCGCCUCGCACGACACCUCGGACGUGGACCAGGCCCCCGGGGUGCUCCUUAGCGACGACCCAGAGACCAGCGAGCUGCGGGUUCCCAGUGCAGAGCGCGCCGCCUUCUACCUGGACGAGGCGCUGGCCGAGCGCACGCCGGGCGCCCUCAUGCUGUUCCGUCUGCACCUCUACCAGUACCGCGUCGCAUCCAGGGGUCAAGCAGUGGUCGGAGGUCGCAGCAGGCUCCACCUGAUCGACGUGGGCGGCGGUGACCGAUCCAAGGCGGGCGCCGGGCUGUCGGGUUUCGGCAACAUCCUGCUCGCCAUCCUCAACAGGCAGAAGCACCUACCUCUCAGGGAGCACCGGCUGACGCAGCUGCUGCGCGAGUGCCUGGGGUCGCUGACGUGCCACGCGGCCAUGCUGGUGCACGUGUCUGCGCGUGCACACCACUACAGCGACACGCUGGCCACGCUGCAGCUGGCGGCGCGCAUUCACCGGUUGCGCCACCGCGCCAACAAGUACGGCGGCCCGCGGUCGGGCAUCUCGUGGGAGGUGUCUGCGCGCCUGCAGGAGCGCGUGGCGGGCCACUCGACGGGCAGCAGCGAGCUGGAGCCGUCGAGCAGCGAGCAGUCGGCCGACACCGUCAUCUACCUGGGCAGCAGCAGCGGCUGCGCGGCCGACGACAGCGCCACGGACGGCGAGCACCCGCCGCUCUACCGCACCGCAGCCGCAGGCGCGAGGUCUUCCCCGACGAGAACUGCAAAGGCGGCGGCGGUGAACGGGCAGGGCAGCUUGUCGCCGCCGCCAGCAGAUGGCUCUGCCGCCAAGGGCAACCCGCAGCACCAGGCCAAGGGGUCGCCUACCCGCGCCGUACACCACCAGCGGCCGGCCAGGGGCGCCGCCGAGGACUCUCGCAGCCCGCCACAGGCGGCAGACGCGAGCCCGCAGCACAGAGCGCCGCCGCUGCAGCAGCAGCUGCGCGCGCAGCGCCUCGCCGGCGCCUUCCCCGCGGGCUUCCUCAAGGCGGCCGCGGCGGCCGCAGCUGCGGCAGCCGCAGCGGCGCACGACGAGCGCUGGAUCGACGGCCCGCGCGUCUCCAGGAGCAGGGUCGCCAGCGACGCCAAGUUCAUCGCCGGCAAGAGGGAGACCUGGAUCGACGGACCGCUCAAGGUGGAGGACGUGACGCAGCCGCAGGCGCUGAUGAACGGCUACAAGAGCCACGGCGGCGGCGCCCCGGCGACCUACGGCUACAUGGACACGCACAAGCAGAGCAUGAUCAAGCGCUGGGUGGAGAACCAGACGCUGCAGGCGCAGCGCCAGCUGCUGCUGCAGCAGCGGCCUCCGGCCACGGGCGCCGGCGCCGACGAGGACACGGGAGCCGAGGCCGACGACGACGCGGCCACGCUGACGAGCACCAGCUUCGUCAGCGACGAGGGCAGCGAGCCGCCGCCGCCGGCGCCCGCCGCCGAGCACCUGUUCAGCGCGCUCGUCUCCGGCCUCGCCACCGCCGGCGGCAAGGCCGCCGUCCUGCCUGACGAAGAGGAACUCAAGAUCGACUCCAGGGAGGUCGAGGGCAUGGAGGAGACCAGCACCGAGGACGACUGCCGUAACCUCUAUAACGACUCGCUGAACAAAGAGUUGUCGCUGGACAUUCGGCUCCAUUCCCUGCAUGAAGCUGAACACCAAAUGGAGCUGAUAACAAGUGAUCAGGACGAAGAGGUGAUUGAAGUUGAAGAACCAGCAGAGCCUGUGGAGACGCAAGAUUCUUGUUUACAGGUGACGGAAGACGACAUAGCGUACUGUUUGGCGAGGCCCUUCUGUUCGCCUGUGGGAGAAGAGCGGGAAUGCGCCGAGGACCAUCCGCUUCGGAUUCUCAGUGAAGAGAACCUGACUGUGGUGUCAACAUUUACUGACUCGCUGUCGAUUACGACGGAUUUGGAGGCGCAGCGCUUCUGCACGAGCGGCACUGCCUACCAACCGAGCGCGGCGUCUCUGGCGGACUUCCGGACGGAGUCGUCCUCGGGUUUCCGCGGCCAUCUGUUGUACCGCCAGCAGCAGCAGCAGCAGCAGAACCAGCAGCAGCACAGCGGGGGCGGCUCGCCCGCGGACUCGGACGACGAGCGGACGCUGCGCAGGCACCCGCUGCCACCGACCGCCGCCGCCCUGAGCCGGCGGUUGCGACCCACGCCGCGCUGCCGCUCGCUCACAGAUGUCCCCAGCGCGGGCUCCACCGUCUUUGAGGCGCAGCGCAGCAUGCGGCGGUCGGCGAGUCCCCAGCCGUCUCCAGGGCGGCGGCUCCUGCACAGGACCCUGUUGCUGCGAAUGGGCUGCAGCGGAGCUGGCGAAGGCUACGGAGGCGGCAGCGGCUGCGGGGGCGGCAGCGACCUGGCGGCGCUGCGACUCCCGGACGGCGCGUCCAACCCCAACAUCUGCAGGGAACCGGGAAACGGCGCCUCCGGUUCCGACACGGAGGAGGAGGCGGCUGCGGGGGCGGCGGGGGCGGCCACGCCGGAGGCGGGGGUGGGGGCGGGGGCGGCGGAGAGCGCUCUGACGCUGCACAAGGCGCCCUCCGAGGACGUGGCCUGCUGCAAGGAUAGCUCCGGCUACGGCAGCCUCCCCACCGACGGCUACAGCUCCGCGUCCACACGGCUCUCGGACCUCGAGCUGCGAGCCACCUCGCGCACAGGGUCGUCCGCGGAGGUGCUGCAGUACUGCCGCGAGGACGUGGCGCGGCUGGAGCGCCGCUGGACGGAGGUGCGGGCCACGCGCGUGCGCCAGCUGCGGUGCGAGCAGGCCAGGCUAUGCCGCGAGCUGGCCGCCGCCAAGGAGAGGCUGCUGCUGCCGCCGCACCGCUGGCGCUACGAGCUUCACGUGGAGGCAAGCAUGGACCAACGUGACCCAGCAUUCGUAGAAGCUCUGGAGAGGGAAACAGACAUCCUUCGCAAACGUGUUGAUGCCUGCAAGUCACGCGUGAUGUUUGUCACCUGUUUUGACUGUGUGCCACGUACAUCAGCUUCAGAUGACUCGAGCAGUUCAUGAAACAAACACUCAUCCCAAUGGCUGGAUGGACAUCAGACUGUGUUAGACUCUUCAGUGAUUACUGCAAGUGUUUGUUUACAAAAAGACAAUGUAGGCAGUGUUUGAUGAACCAUGACUGAAUGCAUUACUGAGCUGUCCAUAUAUGCAGAGAUAUUUCACAUGCCUGGUUGUCUCCUUUUAAAAUUUACCCAUUUUUCACAAAACUCUUAAUAGUUCAAAAAUGUAAAAAGGGUAAUAUUGCGCUUCCUGUGGCAGCACCAUUCAGAAUCUUCAGUUUUGAUAGCCGACUCAUAAGUACUUCACCAAAUGUCAAAAUCCUCUACAAUAACCAAAAUCAUUCUCAGCUGCAGUGACUUUCAUUUUUUCUUUGUGAAGAAUUUAUACUCUCAUCUUAUCCACAAAUGCAACCAGGGGAAUAGUUUCAUAAAUUAAUGAGCAUUAUUUUCAAUGAGGCAGUGUCUCUAAAAUCUAGAAUGUUGACGAAUGUUCACCAAAAACACUUCAGUGCCACUGCUGAUUUUCUUACACUCCAAAGUUCUACCUUGAAAAUGGAGGGCUUCAACAGCUCU